AUGGCGGCGGUCGGUUUGACGACUGGAGAGCUCUUCUUUAAAUUAGUUGUGUUCGCUAAGCCGGUCAAAUGCUCGCACAACGACGAUGAUGAUCGUCAUUCAAUCCCGAGGGGUACCCUGCGGACUCACCUGCUGUACCAACCCAUCGUGUUGCUGGACGUGGCGAGAAAAUUGUUGGAGCGAGCUAUCGCCGCCCGCAUCGUCCGGCACGUAACCGGGACGGAUCCCGAUCUAUCGGCGGAACAGUAUGGCUUCAGUGAGGGCCGCUCUACCAUCGACGCGUUUAUGCGCGUGCGUGCCCUCUCUGAUAAAGCUGUCGCCUGGGGUGGGGUGGCUUUCAACACCUUGCCCUGGUCAGUGAUCGCGGGGACACUCGAAUAUCACGGCGUCCCCACGUAUCUCCGCCGACUAGUCGGGUUCUAG